AUGGGGGCCAUUCCAGCCCAAUUCAGUAAUCGCCGGUACCUAGACCGUGUUACAGUAGUAAAGGUACAAUUAAAGCUUAUACCCUACAAAGAGCUUCAUGGGGUCAACCUUCUUACUCCGGUCAAACCAGCCUUGCCGACGGUUCCGGCUGUACCUGUGAAGAAAGAGUUUCCAACGAUCACUUCUCCUCCAACGGUUCCUUCUAUUCCGACCGCCGUUACCCAAGUUAGAUCGGAGGCAAGCCCAGAAACUCCUGUGGAGAGAACUGCUUCUCCAAAGGAGGUCAAACCUUGUGUGGAAACCCAGGGCCCUCGGAUAAAGUGUGCGACAGCUCAAGCAUCGGUUGUAUUUGAGACAUAUCCACCGAGAAGAGCUGGGAAAGGGGUUAGCUAG